GAAGCAAGUUUAUACUUAAAUGUUUAGAAUAAUGGCCAUUGACAGUUUUCCAUUAUACACUUAACAGCUUCAAUGGAUUAGCUGGGCGUUUCUUACACAGUCAUUGAGGGAUUAGUCUGACCUUCCUUGACCCCUGGUUUAGCAUUAUGCAAGACUCAGGGUUUUAUACUACACAAUGGAGACAUUCAGCACCUCAUUACUCUGAAUAUUCAAGCUGAAUGGGCCUUUUGCACAUCAUUACCUUAGAAAGCAGGUUUUUUUGGGUGUGUUUCUGAAGUGGGGGCUGGCCUUUGGAGGUAGUUCCGAUUUUAAAAAGAGCAAAUCAGACCUCUAGACCAUUUAGUGAAAAGUUCAGUUGCUCAACAGUUCAGUUACAGCAUGGAAUCCACGAGGAAAAAACAGAAGGAGCUGACUUUAUCCGAGAAGAUUCAAGUUCUUGAAUUGCUUCAGAGGCAAAAGAUCUCCCAAAUGGAACUAGCAAAGCGAUUUGGGGUGACGCAGCCAGUCAUCUCUAGGCUAAUCAAGAACAAGGAGAAAGUCAUGAUGGAAUGGCACACUAACAGCAAUCCAGAUCGAAAACGCAAGAGGGAAGGGAGGGAUAAUGAUGUGGACUCGGCGCUUUUCCAGUGGUUCCAAAUAGCCAAGGCGCAGCAUGUGGUGAUCUCCGAUGAAAUCUUGGCCGCCAAGGCAAAGUGUCUGGCAGAGGCAAUGCAGAUCAGAAACUUUGUUCCAACUGUUGGCUGGAUCAGUAGGUGGAAGGCUCGCCACACCGCCUUUUUUCCACAAGCACACGAAGACACCGAUGUCAUGGGCCAGUCAUCGGGCAUUGGAUCGCAUGAGGUUGUGCCACCAGAGGGAAUGACGGAGGAGGAGUUCCACCAGUACGUGGAGCAGGCAGCCAUUAAAGUAUGUGUCUGGGAUAUAGCUGAUCCAGAACCAGGUCACAGCAUGAAAGUGAUCACAAAAGCAGAAGUAAUUGAUGCUGAAGAAGAGAAAUCCAUGCCUGUCUUCAAGGUGGCAAGAGGAAGUAAUGGCCAACUAAUGUCUUCAUCGAAUCAACAUAAUAUAUCCUAUGGCAGGAGUUCUACUUCAAGAAGAGAUAGCUGUGUGGACAUGCCGAGCAGUUCUUGUUCACAGCCUGGUACCUCGGGUUACCAGCCCUAUGCAUUUCCUAGGUGGAUAACCCCAGAGUCUGGGCGAAAAUCAGAAGGAAAAUCUCAGUUAGCCACUCGGCUAUCAGCGAGCAACUGCUUUGAAGGAUUAAACAAGGCAGAUACUCGGCAGAUCAAAGGUGUCUCCCUUUCCCCGCCUUGCGUUAGAAUACCCUCCACACCGUCUCCCCGACCUGUCACAAGGGACGAUCUUCUGUUUCUGCAACAUCAUCAUGCUGGCAUUCCGGGCUUUGGAACCAGACACGAGAAGGAAGUGCCGGCCGUUUCUUCCAAGGAGCAAGAACUUAUCCUGGAAAACCAAAGAAAGUUUGGGUUGUACCUUGAUGAAAAAAGGGAAAGCCUUAAAAAAUUACAUGCAUUGGAGGAAGAACUGCUCAGGGCAAAAAUUGAAGUUGAGCAGUUAAAAGCACUAAGACUACGAGGAUUGUCAAUGUAUAAGGACUCUUAAAUGUCGAACCCAUUUUGUAUUCACUGUUUCAUCCCGAGUGUAACAUUAUUAGGACAUUAUUGAUACAAUUGGAAGGGAUUUCCGUCGCUGUUCUCCCAUUUAUCACAAAUUUGCCUGAAAAACUGGAAAUUCAUCUUUUUAUUCACUAUCAGGGGAAUAAGCCACAAAUACAUUGGGUAUUGACCGAUAACAGCACAAAACCAACAAUGAGAUUCUAGCUUCGCUGAUGGUCCAGUUUGUACAAUAUUUUAUAUUGCUAAGCCAGUAGAAUAGCCAGUGACUGACCUUCCAUUGCUGAGGACAUUUGUGUAAUGAUGAGGACAAUUGAUUUCAAUGCUUCAGUUGAUUUAGAUCAAGGUGGUAAAAAUAACCUACAAUCUAGGACUACACAAAAUAGAACAUCAAUUUCAGGUUGUGCAGGAAGGAACUGCAGAUGCUGGUUUAAACUGAAGAUAGACACAAAAAGCUGGAGUAACUCAGCGGGUCAGACAACAUCUCUGGAGAAAAGGAAUAGGUGACGUUUCGGGUCGACACUUCGUCAGACUGCGAGUCAGGGGAAAUGGAACCGAGAGAUAUAGACGGUGAUGUAGAGAAAUAUAGAACAAAUGAAUGAAAGAUAUGCAAAAAAUUAACGAUGAUAAAGGAAACAGGCCAUUGUUAGCUGUGGGCCAGGUAAAAACGAGUUCCAUUUCCAGCAAAUGAAACUCACCCAGAUGACAGUGAAACGAGAACAAUGACUAGGGUGGGGGAGGGACCGAGAGAGAGAGAGGAUGCAAGGGUUACUUGAAGUUAGAGAAAUCAAUAUUCAUUUUAGGUUCUUAGUUGUGCCAGUUGUAGAGCAGCGGCUCUGAAUUUACAUCUGUCUUCGGGGUAGACCCUCACAGCAAGAAUUUCAAAUCUUUGUGCAGGGCCAUUGCAAGUCAAUGGGCAGCUAUCCAUGCAGCACGUGGACCUGUCGAGGGUUUUGACAGUGUUGGCAGGAAUAAUAACCGAAAGACCAUGUUGAAUGUUCAAAGAAGGUGUUCUUCAUGUUUAAAGGAAUUCCUUGUGCGGAAUUCUUGACCUACAUUUCUUGACCUUGUUUCUGCCUUGGGCCUCCCUCUGUACUGCCACCUGUUGGAGAAAACCAGAGCACCUGAGGAAACUCCCUGCAUUCAGCACCCGUAGUCAGGAACCCGGGUCUCAAGCGCUGUAAGGCAGCAACUCUAUCAUGAAGGCAACUAUCUGGUACAAUUAAAAAAAUUAUCAGAGUUUGACAGCAAUAUUUGAAACAAGGCUGCAUUUUCAUGCCAUAUAAUAUUUUAUUUUCUCAAGUACGCUAUUUAAAACCAUUCAACUGUUGUAUUAAUUGAUUUGAAAUGGGUGGCAACUUGUUGAGCGUUAUACUAUUUCAGACACUUAUCGGCUAGCUCAUCACAGAUCUUUACAGAUGAUGUUGCAUAUGACUUGAACUCAUCUGAUCGAAUGCAGAUGACAAAUAAGUAGUCUCGUAGAAACAUGGAACAUAGAAAAUAGGAGUAGGUCAUUUGGCCCUUUGAGCCAUCACCGCAUUCAAUAUGAUCAUGGCUCAUCAUCCCAAAUCAGUACCCUGUUCCUGCUUUUUCCCCAUAUCCUUUGAUUCCUUUAGCCCUAAGAGCUAAAUCUAACUCUCUUGAAAACAACCAGUGAAUAGGGCCUCCACUGCCCUCUGUGGCAGAGAAUUCCACAGAUUCACAACUCUCUGGGUGAAAAAAAUGUUCUUAUCUCAGUCCUGCAUGCAAGCAUUAAAUUCAACAUGGCAAUAAGUAUGAAGAGUACUGUUCGAUUCACAUGAAGCAUUUGAUGAACUAACCGAAAGACUGUCGCCCUUCAGUGUACUCUUCAAUAUGGUUGUGAAAAUUUGGUCGCCUAUUUAAAACAGCAAUGAUUGGAUCUUAUGUUAUAGAAACAUCCUUGGUCAUCUGAUCAUGAAGAAUGUCCUGCCGGUUCUGUUGCUCUUCCAACACUUUGUUUUGUAUAAAGCUGUAGCAUCUGCAUUUCUUGUGUCUCUGGUGGAUACAUUUAGUUUAAAGAUACAGCAUGGAAACAGGCCUUCGGCCCCCUCCGCUGGUCCGAGUCCGCUCCGACCAGCGAUCCCCGCACACUAACACCAUCCUACACACACUAGGGACAAUUUUACAAUUAUGCCAAGCCAAUUAACCUACAAACCUGUACGUCUUUGUAGUGUGGGGGGAAACCAGAGAUCCUGGAGAAAACCCAUGCAGGUCACAGGGAGAACGUACAAACUCCAUGCAGACAGCACCUGUAGUCGGGAUCGGACCCGGGUCGCUGGCGCUGUACGGCAGCAACUCUACCGCUGCGCCACCAUGCCGCAUUGUAGGCAUUGAAGCUGAAAAUCACAGAGAGAGGGUGUUGAGAUUGAACGCCUAAGUCUGUGGCAGUACAGAGAUAGGCCCAAGACAGUAACAUGGCCAAGAAAUGUUUCAAGAUAUUCAAUAUUGCUAUUGACAAUAACUUGGUGCAAUAGCUGUUCAGUCUGUAAAAGCCAGGUCAAUGCUAGUGCAGGCAUCACAGAGCGCCCAUGCUGAGGCCCACUAGUGUGUUUGGAAACAAAGAAGGUUUGGCCAGUGGACUCAUCGCCACUUCGGUGGAAUCUUACUGCUUGUAUCAAGUGCUUUACCCACACUAUUGGCAAGUAUCAUUAACUGACUGUCUUUGCCUCAAGUACCUGCACCUGCAAGAUAUUGGAUGGUCACCUUUGUCGCUCCAUAACAGUAAAAGCCAAGCAAUGUAUGUAGGUUGUCCUUCUGUAUAUUUCAUAUUUUUUGAUACUUUUACCCAACUUGAUUAGCACAGAGCAUUUUUUUAUUCCUAUUUUGUAAUUAAUGCUUGUUGCUCAUUAUUAUAUUGUUUGCAAUUAAAGGUGGCAAAUUUAAAACCACAU